AUGCCUCACACCAAGCCAAAGCUGGGAAAGCUUACUACUCCCGUCACAGCUACCUUUCCCUCCGAGAUCACUUCGGCAACUCCUAUCUCAGCAGUUUCGUUCAACUUCAAGCCUGAUCCGGAUUUUCUCAAGACUCCCAUCAGCCCACCUAUGGCCUAUACCGAUUUCCUCACGAAAGCCAUGGCUCUCAAUUCUCCUGCUACGAGCUCUGGCUUAACAACCCCAGACUCUCUUCCGGAUUCGGCGGCCAGUGAGGAAACCGACAGGUCCUUAAAGCGUGAAGCAUCCCCCCCUUCAUCAUCGGCUUCAAGCAUCACCUCCAAGGCAUCAGGCCGCCCAACUCCUCCAGCAACGGCCCCCAUGGCACCUCCCAGUCCCUUCACCUGCGCUACACCCAUGUCUGCACCUCCCGCCGGCGCUGCCUGCUUCCCCAGUCUCAAGGUGCCACCGAGUCCCAGUGUAUCGAAUAUCGACUCUCCAAUGAGUGCAAGCACUGUUCGAUCACCUUUUAGCGCAAGGCCAGUCCACUCAUCAGUGUUUGACUGGGAUGCGGCUCUCAAGGCCCGUCUACUAGAAAAGAAGCAGAAGUCUUCACGGACCAGCGUACGACACAUCCGAGAGGUGGUGACGAGAACAGUCACAUACACUCCUAGGAUGGCACCUGCACCAAAGGGCAAGAGACGUAAGGUUGAAUAG